CUCUGUUUUGCAUUGUGGGUCCCUCUAAUCUGCCUAUAUCUAGCACACCCAACUGUGAAGUGUGAAGCCAUUGCCAUUCAUCCCAACUCAGACAUAGAGUCUCAUUAAAUUUGUUCUCUUCAUGGGUUCCCUUCUCAUCAUUGUUUGUGUUUUUAUUCUUAGUGUUAUGGCCCCUUCAAUUGGUGCACAGGGUCCACCUUCACCUGGGUACAGUCCUAGCUCCAGAGUUAGCACUGUUGGCUUUGAUCAAGGAUUCAGAAACCUAUGGGGUCCUCAGCAUCAGAGACUAGACCAAGCCCAACUCACAAUUUGGCUUGACAGCAAUUCAGGGAGUGGGUUCAAGUCACUUCGUCCAUAUCGUUCAGGAUAUUUUGGUGCUUCAAUUAAGCUUCAACCUGGUUAUACUGCUGGAGUAAUUACAUCUCUUUAUCUCUCGAACAACGAAGAACAUCCAGGAAAUCACGAUGAAAUAGAUAUCGAGUUCCUGGGAACAACCCCUGAUAAGCCAUACACUUUGCAGACAAAUGUGUAUAUAAGAGGAAGUGGGGAUGGUCGUAUAAUUGGCAGAGAAAUGAGGUUCCAUCUAUGGUUUGACCCAACACAAGACUUUCAUAAUUAUGCUAUCAUAUGGAACCCCAGUGAAAUCAUAUUCUUAGUGGAUGAUGUGCCAAUAAGAAGGUAUCCAAGAAAGAGUGAUGCGACAUUCCCCUUGAGACCAAUGUGGGUGUAUGGAUCAAUUUGGGAUGCAUCAUCGUGGGCCACAGAGGAAGGAAAAUACAAGGCUGAUUAUAAAUACCAACCUUUUAUUGGUAAGUACAAGAAUUUCAAACUAGGUGGUUGCGCUGCAGAUGCUUCUGCCUCCUGCCGCCCUCCCUCUGCCUCACCAUCCGGUCCGGUGGGCCUAAGCCAACAACAACGCUCGGCCAUGGAAUGGGUUCAGAGGAACUACUUGGUGUAUAAUUAUUGCUCGGAUCCUAGGAGAGACCAUACUCAAAUACCAGAGUGUUAAGGUUGCCUUAAUAUGCCAUAUAAGCGUGUAUGUGUGAAGUGUGAUUGAAGUUGAUGUUGAAAUUGUUCUUUUAGUUAUCGGCAUUUUGUGUGUUAGUAGGAGGCGCUAGAUGGGUCAUGUUUAAAGGUAAACAAUUAUCUUGCUCAUAUACGCAAACCUUAUCCCACUUUAUAUGAGGAACGGCUUGCAUCCAAAAAAGUUGUGGACCAUCCAAGCCUCCAUGAUUUGGAAGUAUGAAUGUUUUAAUAAAAGUGUUUACAUCA